AUGAGCUCGUUGAGCAACUUGGAAGUGCAACCGCUUGCGCUGUGCGCGGCGGCGCCAACAACCUCAGCUACAUUCGUGGCUUAUGUCCAUCAAAUCCACCAGGACAAGCUGAAGGACAAGAAGCAUUCUUCCAUAUGGAUAGGCGAUCGAAGUCUCCCUUACUUCAAGCUUCACGCAUGGUCGGACGACAGCACAGCCGUGGGGCGUCGACUCCAAGCCGGGGAUAUCGUGUGCUUUCAAGACAUUUCAAUCCGCUGCUUCCGUGGCAACAACGAAGCCCACUUGACGACGCAUUCUACGUACACAGUGUUCGUUCGGCAGAACCAGUUCCAAGACGUGCCGUCUCAACAGCAAUGCGUUCCAUUCUCUGUCGUCAUGCCCGUAGUCGACUGGUCGAAGGAACUGCAUGCAAGGGGCGUCGGAUUUGGCCAGCACGGUAGCGUCUCCACCGUGAGUCUCAAGGACUUGCGUGAGAACAUGCUCGUCCACAUUGUCUGCCGUCUCCGCCCGAUGCAUCCGCACGACGCAUUUCAAUCCACUUCUGCAGUAGACGACGACCCCAAGUUGUCUGCACAGCUCCGGCAACUUGUCAUGGUGGAUGGACCUGAUGACGGGAUGAUUCUGAAUGUCUGGCACGACCAUUUUGAUCUGCGCACCAUUGCGUUCCAUACCCUCGUCGAAGUCCGACACGUCGUCAUUUCGUACAACACGCUUCGUCACUCAUUGAUGGCCAACACGACGGGAGAGUCGUCCAUACUUCCGUUUCCGCACUCUCCAUGCGCCAAUCCGCAUGAGUCAAACGUUUCCUCCAUGCUGGCGCCGCUCGUCACGUGCGAUUCCUUCGACGAAGCCGCCGACAGCCUUGUCCACGGCCGUCUGGUCGUACGAGAUGUCGUAGUGGAAUCGCUGGAACUAUCGAUUGCGCCGUCCCCGUCGCCUUCCUGGCCAGUGGGUCUACUCAUUGAAGGCUACUGCGCUUGGUGCGAAUGCUCAUUACCUGAGCAGCCUCUGGAGGUCGUCCCGCGUCUUUAUGGCCCUUGCGUGAAUCGUUGCCAAGGGUCCAAGUCGUUGCGGUGGCGCUACCGCCCGGCGGUCAUGUACGUUCGAGAUCGACUGGGAAACACGACGCGUCUGCGCGUGCAAGACGCAGCCAUGCAGGCAUUGGUUGGGCACAUUCCAGCCGCCACGAUCGCCGAGAACCAUCCUAAAUUGACACCGCUCAUACAUGACGCGCGUGCAACCGUGCGGUUGUUGCUGCAAGCACUUGUCGAUGACCAACGCGCCGUGGACAUUCAAGUGUACUCGCAUUAUAUUGGCGGCGAUCGACACAGGAUUCGAUCGAGUCGCGACGCGAGGUAUUCGUUCGUGGCACUGCAUGCGACAGUAUGGCCUUGAAAGAUAUGGUGCGAGUGGAAGGCAGCGGUCCUGUGUCUCCGAUGAGAGCUGAUCUUGUCUAUCGGCAUAUUCUGUACCCAAGGCGGCAGAAGACUGCGAACGAAUCCAUCAAACACUUGUGGCGACGCAAUCGCCGAAGUGCCGUGGACGACGCUGGUUGUGGACCAAAUUAGAUGCGACGCUGUCCCGACGCCAAUUUUCAAACACUGCAUGGACUUUACAUCAAUUAACAUGGUUCGUUGUUGCCUCGCCG